CUCCGACUCGGUCUCCUCCUCUUCCGCGCCCUCCACCAUGUCUGACCUCUCGAGCAAGUACGUUCUGCAGACCGCCGGCUUUGACGCCCGGUUCCCCAACACGAACCAGACGAGGCACUGCUUCCAAAACUACACCGACUACUUCAAGUGCAUAGCCGCCAAGGGCGAGGAAUUCGCCCCCUGCAAGCAGUUCAAGCGGGCGUACAACUCUCUCUGCCCCAACGAAUGGAUCGCGAAGUGGGAUGAGCAGAGGGAGAACGGUACAUUCCCGGCCUCGCUUGAGCCCUGAAUGACCCGAUACUUCCCGGAGUCUAUCGUUCGAGGUCUUUGCGGUCUACACUGUUCGAUGACGCCUCUAGAACUUCAAUCAUAAUGUCAUUCUAUCACGGGGGCAAAUGUCAUGGCGGCACACAGGCUACAUAGUUCCCUGUGAUGCAUCAUGUAUGUAUGACUAGUCGCGAAGUGCAUUCAUUCAUUCGUGGACCCA